GAUGAAAUGUAUUGAAUGAGUGAUGCAAUCAUUUUGAACGACUGAACGGUGAGUAAAGUUUAGUCAGUGUUUAGCUAUUGUCUCGCAAAGUGGUCCACAUUUGCCUCCCAUUCCUCUCACAGUCACACCAAACAACUCGUUGUCCACACAUUUGACCACAACUUCAUUAUAAUGAGCGCCACAACAGACCAUUGCUUCAUAAGAGUGUUACUGAAGAAGUACCCGACGGUUAGCGAGGACACCAUCGACUUGUUGACCGGGUUUGGCUUCACAGACCGGGAUCAACUGGUGAUGAUGGACAUCGACAAAGUGCUGUCCAAACUGCCGCUACGCUUCAUUCAGCAGGAGUUUGUGAAAACCAUUUUACUUGCGAUCCAAACGAUGGAUAAACAGAGUUUGGACACCACUCUGGAGAGGAAUCUCAGGGACACCAUGGAUGAGAUGAACGCUCAGUUCGGGGCCAACGCGUCAAAGACUGAACCAAUGGCUGAUCCCUCGGCACCACUCGCAUCGACCGCAACAGCGCUUCCUAUACCUCGACCAGUGGUCCAUCGACUUCGG